GCAUCGAUUCCCACUCUUUCUGCGCCCAUUCCCACCCUCUCCUUCCUCGCCAAGAAAAAGCAAACGCGGCGAGCAACAACCUCCGCCGCCGCGCACCAACGCCACGCCCCGUUCCCUCUUAUGACUGAAGAACCCCGCGCCUUCCCCUCGGCGAGCACGGUCGGAGGAGACUAGAGGAGUAGCAGCAACGACGCGGCCGGGGAGGAGGGCGAUGAUGCUGCCGCUGGUGAAGCUCGGCUCGCUAGCGUUCCGGACGCUGAGCAAGCCCAUCGCGGCCCGCCUCAAGCACAACGCCGGCAUCCACCCCAAGUUCCGCGGCUUCAUCAUCGGCAUCGCGCAGGCAAACCAUCGUUUCACAACAAAUAUGCAGAGGCGACUUUACGGACGUGCAACUGACAUUCACAUUCGUCCCCUGAAUGAGGAGAGAGCUAUUCAAGCUGCUGCAGAUCUUCUUGGCGAACUAUUUGUUUUCUCGGUUGCUGGUGCUGCAAUUAUCUAUGAGGUGCAAAGAAGUGCUAGGUCAGAAGCCAGGAAAGAGGAGGUCCGUAAGCAGGAAAUGGAGGCGAUAAAGAAAAGGGAGGAACAACUAGCCAUCGAAGUGCAGCUCAUGAAACAGAAGAUUAGCGAGAUGGAGCGGAAGUACUCGAAGUGGACUCUUCUUCCGGGGUUCCGCGGCUUCGGCACAGCCCAGGCGGCAGCUCAGCCUGCUGGUACUCAGCAGCCAACAGCUGCGUAGUCGCUCUACCGCUGCAGCUGUCAAUAGUUUGCCAUCCUGCAUUCUGAACAGCCAACUGCAGACUGCCUCUGUUUCCCUUGCAUUACUCAGUUACAUUGAUUCGUGAAAAGUCGUCGACAAAAGGCUAAGCUUUUGUAGCGUACGUUGCAGAUGCUGAAUAGUACGAGAGGAAGUUGAACUGAAUCGAAGUUUUUAGCGGAUCAGACUGACAUUCAGUUCAAAGUUUUGACAUGCCCAAGAAGACAGUCUUGGAGCCUAGGAGCUGUUGGUGAUGCAAUGUACAGUACCUGCAUCUCGUGAUUUUUCACAUUUAAAGUGACUUCAUUACCACC